UUAAUUUGUAUUUAUUAUAUAAAAAUAAAAAUUAAUAUUUAAUUUUAUUAUUCACUCGCAUCAGCUAACCAAGAACUCCCUGUCAAAGAAAAACCCAGAACUCAGAAGUCUCUCAAUUGGGGUUUUUGUUCAUCACUCUCUCAAUGGUGCUCACAAACUUCCAGGGGGCUGGGAUUGGAUUUGGGUUUGGUGUGGGUUGUGGAUUUGGUGUUGGAUGGGGUUUUGGAGGUAUGCCUAUGAAUAUCCUGGGUCUUGGUGCAGGGGGAGGAUGCGGAGUUGGGCUAGGCCUUGGAUGGGGAUUUGGCACUGGAUUUGGUAGCCAAUAUAGGUCUUCCAAACUCACAUUUCAGGGCAUGGAGUUCAACAAGAACAGUGUGGAUCAAGACAAGGAUUUAGACAUAACUAAAAGCACUUUCAAAGCUGGUAGUAAAUAGUGUUUUUUUUUUUGCCCCUGAAAAGAAAUAGAGGCUACUGUGGGAUUCGACUACUCAACGUGGCUUUAAGCUAUCCUUUGUAACAUUUCCAUUGCUGAUGAAAUGUUAUAAAUGUAUUCCAACUACACAAAAGAAGUGUUGUAUGAUCGUGUGAAGAUUGUUCUUUUGUAGGUUUUCUUUUUUCCUGAUUCACGAGUUUCAGUUCUUUUGUAUUGCUGAUUCUAAUUUUCAUGUUAUUAUAGAAGAUUGUAUUGAGAUUUUUAAGCAUUUUGAGGAAGUGCUGGUUUUUACCAAA